AUGGAGUCCCGCCACAUUUCGACUGCUGACUAUAUGACCGAAGAAGACGGAAACGAAGAGAAGAACCGAUCUCGUCGAUUUCGUGCUUCCAAGCAUGGAUCAUGUACCCUUCUGAAGCACCUCCUCGAACGGCUGUUGCUGAGACCUGAACAGGAUCUGGGCCUUGCUAAACCGCUUGACCUGAUGCGAUUCACGGAGCAAAUCGGGAUUUUAUUCACCUUUUUGUCGUCGACUAAACACCCGUCCCUGGAGCUCGUUUUGGCAGAAGAUGGGCCAACCACUUUGCACAAAUAG